AAAACAAGUAGGCAGUGAUUUCCUUGUAGUGGCACAAAAUUUUAGGUGCUGGAGGCCAAAUGCUGUAAACCUCAUUCACAAAUAGAAGUUCAAACUCUUCGGACUGUACUUAAUAAAAAUCCAAAUUUAUUCUUUAAAUUUUCUUGACUAGACAACAUGUGCAGCUUUCCUUGCUAUCCCUGCGCCGCCCUGUGCCCCUGUGGUGGAAGUGGACCAAGUGGAUUCUAUGAUCCAUGCUUUGGAGCUUACAACGGUCCCUUUAACUCCUGGUGUGGAGUAAGUGGUCCCGGCUACUGGGGAGGUCGUUGCUGCUAAUUACCCAGGUUCUUGGGCUGCUUUCUUUUAUGCCCAUUAACUCAAGGGCCAAAAAUUGGUCUGAAAUAGAACAAUAUAUUUGGAAAUCAUCCCUAAACCUGCUGAGAUGGAGACGAGAACUUAAAAUUAUGUUACAGUCGAAGAUUUGAAUUUUUAUAAAAUAAAUUUGUUUUUAUAAAAA